ACAGAAACAAGAACUCCUGGUUUUUAACUUUUCAGUUGGUUUGGGACAUGUUGAGAGACUUUGGAAAAACAUUCCGUCCUGCAAUACGAUUUUCCUGAAGAAGUAGGGUCAACAUGACGGCUUCCGAUCAUCAGAAACGGGAUUUGGCUGAGCUUACUCCAGCAAGACGCAGAAGCCCCCUUAACAACAUAAAGUUUUUUGUCUUCUGCCAUGGACUUCUCCAGCUGGGUCACCUUCUGUUGUCCGGCUACCUGAAGGGCUCUGUCUCCACCAUCGAGAGGAGAUAUGGCUUUUCCAGUCGGACUUCAGGCCUGCUUGUGGCCUUCAAUGAGGUGGGGAACACAGUGCUGAUUGUGUUCGUCAGUUUCUUCGGGAGUCGGGUGCACCGCCCGCGGUUCAUCGGAGGGGGCGGGAUCAUCGCCGGCAUGGCGGGAAUCAUGAUGGCCAUGCCCCACUUCCUCAGCAGGCCCUACGAGUACAGCAACUCCAUCGUCAACGCUCUGAACAGCAGUCUUUGCCUCAUGGAGAGCAGCCCUCGCACUGAGGCCCUUCACCAGAACUGCACCGAGAACCAGAGAGAUGACAACCAGGCCGUAAUGGUCAUCAUGUUCCUGGGUCAGCUCCUCCUGGGCAUUGGCUGUGUACCCAUACAACCCUUUGGCAUCUCCUACAUAGAUGACUUCGCCAGCAAGAGGAACUCUCCAAUGUACCUUGGCAUAGUCUUCGCCAUAACCACGAUGGGUCCUGCAGCCGGGUUCAUCCUGGGCUCCUUCAUGCUCCGUUUCUAUGUGGACAUAGACAAGCCCGGUAAGGGUGUGAGGUUGACCAAUCAGGACCCCCGCUGGGUGGGUGCCUGGUGGCUGGGCUUCCUUGUGGCUGCUGCCUUCCUCUUCCUCACCUCCAUACCCUACUUCUUCUUCCCCCGUGAGAUGCCGAAGGAGGAUGCCGCCGGGGCCGAUAUGGAGGUGGAAACGAAGACCAAGGACAAGGAGGAAAAACCCAAAUCUGACCCACUUCAGGACCUCACCCUCGUGCAGUUCCUCAGGAGCUUCCCCCUAAUAGUCCUGAGGACUCUGAGGAACCCAAUCUUCCUUCUGGUUGUAUUGGCGCAAGUUAACCUAGCUGCUGUGGCAGCGGGAGUGGCAACAUUCAUGUCAAAGUUCAUCGAGAAGCAGUUCACAAAGUCAACAUCCUAUUCAAACAUGGUCAUAGGGGGGCUGAACAUUCCCGCGGCCACUCUGGGAGUCCUGCUGGGGGGGGCGGUGAUGAAGAGGAGGGGCCUGUCGGUGAAGGCCAUGGCCCGGAUGUGCGCCACCACUGUGCUCCUCGGCAUCCUCUUCGCCAUUCCCCUCCUCUUCCUCGGCUGUCCCACGCAGAGCAUUGCGGGGAUUCACACCCCCAGUCACAGGCCUCCAGGACCCCUGGGGUGCGGCCUGAAAUGUGCCUGCGAGGCGGAGUCUUUCGACCCCGUGUGCGGCGCGGACGGCGUGGAGUACAGGUCACCGUGCCACGCCGGGUGCACCGUCAUCAACAUCAACUUCAAAGUUCUGAACUACACUGCCUGUAGCUGUGUUGGCGCCUCGAAUGGAUCCCAAGACUACGCUGCUCCUGGCACCUGCAGUACCCGCUGCUCACACCUCUUCAUCCCCUUCAUCAUCAUGUCCACCCUCACCUGCUUCUUCCUGCCCUUCUCCCAGACCCCCUCCUUCAUGAUGGUCCUCAGGACAGUGAAACCGGAGGACAAGUCUUUUGCUGUUGGGGUCCAGUACAUGCUCUUCAGAGUAUUGGCCUUUCUGCCAGCCCCGGUGAUAUAUGGAAGUGCCAUUGACUCAGCGUGUAUCCUGUGGGGGAAGAAGUGCAAAAAGGAUACUGCCUGUCUUUACUACAACCUGGAUUGGUUCAGACAAAGGUACCUGGGCCUGCAGGCAUUUUUCCUGUGCGGAGCGUUCGUGUUCUUUCUGCUGUCCUACCUCGUCCUGCGAAGACUUCACAGACAGCAGCAGCCUGUGCUGCUGAACGGGAAAGACGCUAAAGCUAACGCUAACGGUGAUGCUAACGCUUCCAAACCGCUGCUGAUUGAAAGGAAGGAAAUUGUGUCUGUAGUGUGAUUAUUAUUAUUAUUAUUAUUAUUAUUAUUAUUAUUAUUAUUAUCUUUAGCAUAAUACUACGACUACUAUUACAAAAAGUAUGCUACUACUAUUAAUAAUAGUAAUACUAAUUAUACUACUACUACUAAUAAUAAUAAUAUUAAUAAUGAUAAUAAUAAUAAAAAUAAUAGCAAUGAUAAAACUCACCUCAGCCACUGCUAAUGUGUUGACACUUGCUACACAUCAGCUAAGGAUAUGAGAGAGAUGAAAUUAAUGAGCCAGUUAAACUGGGAUAUGAUGGGGUGGCCAGAUUUGAGGCUUUUUUGUGUGGAGAGAGAGAGGCAUUGGAUAAUGAGGGAAAACGUAGGAGCCAAUCUUCUCAUUCCCUUUUUAAUGAGAAAUGGCAUUCUGGGAUACUGGAGGACCCUGGAAUGUUUUUUUUAAUGGAAAUGCUGUAAUAGGGUGCAGCUGUUUGAGUCAAAGAGACAGGGAACUGGAGAGCGAAAAAAAAAAGAAAAAAAAAAAAGAAGACUGCUCUCAUUGUUUGAGGGUAGGCAGAGCGUUUUUGUUCCACACCUGCUUGACUGUUCGAAUGUUUAGACUUAGAUCCUUAAUAAGCCAAGAGCCUGAAAGAUGAUAAGCCCAGUGCCUCGAGCCCAGGCUCAUAAGCUUGAUAUGUAAUCCAAUAAUGCAGACCGGGGUUUGGACGGAGCUAAAUCCAUGACUCCCGCCGCUGAUCUAUUGCUGGUGUCUGUUCCAGAGCAGAGCAGAAUUACUGAGCUAGCCAGAUAACUGCACCGAGUAACAGCUUUUUUAAAAUUUUUACGCAUUUACACAUUCACAUUUUGAGAGGGCGCAGGGUUUUGCUCAGUGCAGUUAUACGGCUAACUCGGAAAUCCUGUUUUGUGGAAGUGCUUCUACUUCUGGAGUUACUGGCACAGGCAUGCUUGUGCUAUUCACAUGCUAUAGCCGCUUCCUGGUGCUAAACAAUAGCCAUGCACCUUUUGUUUUUGCCAUCGAUUGAUGUCAAGAGAUUGUUUUUUGUUUUGUUUUUUAUUAUUAUAACAGAGUGUUUGUUGUUUUACACCACAGAUAUUUCAAUUUGUGUUGAUGUGCAAAGCAAGAGUGAAUAGCAGGACAAAAAUAGCCUGCUUGAAUUGUUUGAAAAUGUGAACCACAAUGUAAUACGUCUUGUUGCUCAUUUGUACUAUUUUGGAACUGUUUCAAAGCUUGUGGUGAAUAUAAUGUUUACCCAUUGGCUUGAAACUACAAUACGAACAGAACUCUGAACACACACUCAAAGAUAUGCAAGACGUUUACUGUAGAAUGUACAAUUCUAUUACUGUAUAUAUGGCAUUUUCCCCUGGCCAGACAUGUGAAAUUCACUGAAUCUGCAAACGUAGCAUCCACAUUAAAAAAGCUGAACAUGUUAUUCACUGCUGUUGUUCGCACAUUCAACUCAUUCUUUGUUCAUAGUUUAUCAUCCUUGGUUUGUCUAGUUGCUUCCGCAGAUGUGAACUAUUAAGCCUUCAUGCUUUGACUGCAUGGCCAAACAAAGUCUGGAUUUAGUCAUCAUUUGACCCUAAUUUUGAAAUGUGCCCCCACCCCUACUCACUCCACCUCCUCUUCCUUAAGUGCAGCGUUACACAAGAACCACUUCGGCUUCAAGUAAAAGUUAAGGCCAGACUUUCAUUGUCUCCAGAGCCAGAAGCCCUUUCAUGACCACAGCCCAACACACAGAUACAAUAACUGGUCUGAUUAUGGGAAUACCUGAUCACACCUUCACUUAGAUUCUAUAAAA